GUCUCCAUUUUGGCCGAGCCUGGGGUGCCCAUGGCGGGCUUGGAGGUACUGUACGCGUCGGCGGCUCCGGCCAUCACCUGCGCGCAGGACGCGCUCAUCUGCUUUCUGCACUGGGAAGUGGUGACGCACGGCUACUACGCCUUGGGUGUCGGCGACCAGCCAGGUCCCAAUGAUAAGAAGUCAGAACUGCUGCCGGCCGAAUGGAAUAGCAGUAAAGACCUGUAUGUCCUCCGGUAUGAGUCUAAGGAUGGGUCCAGACAGCUCCUUGUGAAGGCUGUCACUGUGGAGAACAGCAUGAUCAUCAAUGUGCUGGAAAGUGGGUCACAGCAGGUAUCAGAUUUGACCCUGAAUUUGGAUGAUUAUAUCGAUUCAGAACACCUGGCUGACUUCCACAGGACCUACAAGAACAGUGAGGAACUUCGGUCUCGCAUUGUGUCUGGAAUCAUCACACCUAUCCAUGAGCACUGGGACAAGGCUAGUGUUAGCAGUCUCCCCCGGGAGUUUCCGCCUGCCACUGCCAGAGAGGUGGACCCGCUCCGGAUUCACCCACAGCAUCCACACACGAGCCGGCAGCCUCCCUGGUGUGAUCCCCUGGGCCCGUUUGCUGUCGGGGGAGAGGACCUGGACCCCUUCGGGUGUCGGAGAGGUGGCAUGAUUGUGGAUCCCCUGAGAACUGGCUUCCCAAGAGCACUCAUUGACCCAUCCUCGGGCCUCCCAAACCGUCUUCCUCCAGGCGCUGUGCCCCCAGGAGCACGCUUUGACCCCUUUGGACCCAUUGGGACCAGUCCAUCUGGACCCAACCCAGACCAUCUCCCCCCGCCGGGCUUCGAUGACAUGUACCUGUGAAGGCCUCAAGAAUGUAACAUCCCAGCCUUCCCUCCACUGUCCUGGAGCUGCCACCGCCGCCCCAUCAGCAAUUGUGUUCUUGAGGGCUGGGGGCGAGGGACUCUGCCCAUGUGUUUGCGGGCCAGCUGGGAUUGCCUCCCCACCCCUUGUCAGAACCAAGGCACCUGCUGCAGCUCUCCACCAAGCUGCAUAUAGGUCCCAAAGAGAAACCAAUGUGUGCGUCUCUCUCCCCACCAGCUCCCCCUCACUUCUCAAGAGAGACUCCGGCAACAUCUGCCCUCAGCCCGAUGCAGUCCCAGCUGCAGCGCUAUAAGAACAGAACACAUUUUGGAUGUUAUUAUAAGAACCAAAUGUCAAUACAAAAAUCAUGUUGCCAGUCUCCCACUGUUCUUUACUGCCCAGCUCUUUCCAUUUCUGAGACUUUAGAGUUUAAAUCAUUGUGGGGCUAAAUGACUCUUCUCCUACCCAGGGCCUGUUCUUGUUUCUUAGGCCCCAUCCCUUCAUAAAUUGCUUUCUGGUUCCUGACGUCACUCAGGUGGGUCCCAGUGUGGCUGCAAGGCCGAAAAUGAGGGAUUGAAAACCCCAUAGGGCCACAAGGAUGACUUUCACAAGGGCAGGCAUAUUGCAAAAAGCCUGCGUCAUUCCGAGAAGGGACCUAGUUCCGCCUGUGUGCGUCCUCAGUCCUUCUGUACCUAGAUAGUGGAAGCCUUGAAGCAGAAUAAACAGACCUGAAGGCUGAUCUCAUUUCUGCAGCUAACUUACUGAGUUGACCCUAAGGGCUUUCCCCUUGCGGGGCCUUCUUGUUGUCUAUGAAAUGUGAGGGGACCCUUUGUACUCUAAAACAUUCUGGUGUCUGCUUCUGUGUGUGGCCACCUCUAGGAAUGGGGGCAAAGGAAGGAAUGAAAUUUCAAGGCUCUGUGUGGUACUUACCUACAGAGUAAUUCUGUGCCCCUCGGGGCCCGGCCAAGAAGAGCCAAGGAGCAUGGGCUCUGAGUAUGGUAUUGAACUCUGGCAAGAGCAGGGAGCCCAGCCUCUGGAAGCCGGUGUCCUUUGUCCAGGCCCGCCUGACCUCUGGUGUUCUCCGGAUCCUUUUCAGCCCGAGACCUGACAGACGUGGUCAGUGAUGAACCCCUGUGCUGGAGUGGAAAGAACACCAUGGAGCAACAGGCUCAUAGGCAAGAGAUCAAAGCAUUAGUCACUUUCCCUCCACAACUAGCAUUUCAUCCAUGGGUGGGUCCUUUUACUUCUUAGCUCCUUGGGUUCUUUCCCUGGUAUUAGGGCAUACUGUUUAUCUGUGGGCAGAGGGUAGGCUACCAGAGACUUCUUGAGGUGUCUGCUAAUAUGCUGUAGCCUGGAAAUGCCUGUCCGAGUGUGGGUCAGGGAUAAACUGAGCUGGGGCCUGUGGGGAGGCUAGCGUGAGCAGGCUCCCUGGGCAUUUCUGGCAGACCCCAUCUCAAGCACCGAGUUAUUAAAAGACCACCUCGGCACCUUUAGAACGUUUCUACUCUGGAGAGAGAUGCAGAGGUUUGGCAGAGCUACGGAUGCAGCCAUCAGUCAUAGUCUUCCUCAGGCCUGCACAUGGGUGGAACGUUUUUGUUUUGGAACUGGAUUUUUCCUGUUGUGGAAAGGAUGUGGGGCACUUUGGUCACACAGGCAUCCUUUAUCAUGAAAGGAAGCAUCUAAAGAAACAUCACACUAGAAACCAUCAGACAAGCAGGGAAAGUAGAUCACUUUAGAACCAUGAUUCGAGGAAAAGAAGAUUGGAACAAUGAAUUUGCCACUUAGGUUUUCUAGUAGCAAAGGUCAAAAGGAUGGUCUUAUACAUAAUUCUCUUUUCUGAAAACAGAAACUUCAGUGACUGUCAUCUGCAGAAUCAGCCAUUUUUUGCAUGGAUCUCCUUGUAUCAAGGACACUGAGGAACACAGACAAUGUCUUAGUUGUGCCGGGGGUAGUGAACGGGGCCUUCAGGAACUUUCAGGUCAUGCUGUCUGUGCUCGUGGUCUGGGCCACUUCACUCCUCCCAACUGCCAGCAAUCGCCAGGCAGCCAACAGGAGUGGUUGCGGGUAUGUCUUGUGGAAUUUGAAAGGUGGGAGCCUUAACAAUAAAAUCAGCACUUAAUAA